CCACUCCACUACAAGAAAGGUAUUCAUUUCCCUCUCCACUACAAGAAAGGUAUUCGUUUCCUCUCCACUACAAGACUACAAGAGAGGUAUUUAUUUCGAUUGAGAGAGAGAGAGAGAGAGAGAGAGAGAGAGCUGGAUGGAUCAUUCUAUGUGCUAUUUCUUUCGAUUGAAAGAGAGAGAGUGCCGGAUGGAUCCUUCUAUGUAUAGGGCGGCAACUUGUGGUGAUGUUGGUUUCUUGCAAAGAAUUAGAGAUGGUGAUGUAUCGACUGAUCUUCUCAGUCAAAAAACCCCAAAGGGCAACAACAUUCUUCACCUUGCAGCUGAAUUCAAGCAGAUCAAUUUCUUCAAAGGCGUCCCUUCCUUUGAGAAAGGCUCUCCGCUGCUUUGGAACAUCAACAAGAUGGGUGAUACCCCCUUGCACAUUGCUGCAAGAGUAGGAUGCGUUGAAUUGGUGGACUUCCUUAUUGAUCGUGCAAAAAUGCUACAUGUUCAGAGAGUUGGCGAUCAGGAAAGGGGAACAACAUAUGCUGAAUCUUAUAAAAAGUUACUGCGGAAGACCAACUUGGAAAAGCAUACGGCAUUGCAUGUUGCUGCCCGAUAUGGUCAUCGUCAAGUGGUGAUUUUGUUGAUAAAAGCGGAUCCUGAAUUGUGUUGUUCUACUAAUAGCAAAAAGGAGUCGCCAUUGUUCUUGGCGAUCUGCAAGGGUUUUUCUAACAUUGCUGGUGACAUUUUGGAGGAGCCUUCAAUAAGACCUUCUUUCCAAGGAAUCAAUGGUGUUACAGCCUUACAUGCAGCCGUAACUUAUACAUACCAAGGCUCUGAAGAGAUUGUGAAGAUCAUGGUGUUCAAAUAUCCUGAUAUGAUCAAAAAAGCUGAUGAACUUGGGUGGACACCCUUACACUACGCAGCAUUUAGAGGGAACGAUAAAGCCGUUACAUGGUUGAUGGAAUCAGACAAGUCUAGUACUUCCUAUAUCUCGGACAAAUGUGGAAUGACAGCUCUUCAUGUCGCAGCAUAUAAAGGCCACAUCGAAGUAAUGAAGAAACUGAUUCAAUAUCAGCCUGAUACUUAUGAGUGCCUCAAUGCCAAAGACCAAACGAUUCUUCAUGUCGCAGUUUUAGGUGCACAAAGUGAUGUUGUGAAGUACAUACUGGAGCUACCCGAGCUUCCGAGACUUAUAGAUCAAGCAGAUAAAGAAGGAUAUACCCCUUUGCAUCUAGCUGUCAUGGGUCAAAAGCAUGAAAUUACAAGAAUGCUGAAACGGGACUGUGGAGUCGACAAUACUUCUCUUCAUAAGGGAUUCUCUUUUGACAAUUUUCUUGGUGAAGAUACCAAAAUACAGGUUUUGGAGGAGAAUAUGGCUAACAAAGUGAACGAGCAGGAAAUGAGCACUGAGAGUAGUCAUCCGGGGCGCUCCUUUGGGGUGCCAUCAUUCCAAGAACAAAUCAGUCGUGAUUUCAAGAAAUUCGAGUCGCAUCCGGAUGACAAAGACUCCGGCACAUCGGCAGUUGCUGGCAAACCAGAAAAUGCGAAAUCUGAUGUUAAUCUACUGAUAGCGACACUUAUAGCAACAGUUACAUUCGCGGCCGGUCUCGCCCCGCCCGGAGGAUAUGGAGACGACGGAAAGAUAAUUUUACAAGACAAUACAAAUUUCAAAUGGUUUUUUACAUUGAACGUUAACUCGUUCCUGCUCUCAAGCCUGGUUCUUAUCCGAGAAUCUGGGCCAUGCUUGGGCUCCAGACUCUCCAAAGUAGUUGGUCCAUUAUUGUUUCCCUUUACGGAAUGCUUUUCGCAUUUUGGCAGGGCACAACAGCAGGGCUAAACAAAUCAAACACCUCAAUCAAAUCGCCCUGGCCUGGUCCUCUGACAGUAGCUGCUGGAAUAGCUUUAAUGAUGUUUGGUUUGGGCCCAGGUUUAUUUCAAGCCUGCUCGAAGCCCAGGGAUGCACUUCGUGAAAAAAGUUCGGACUCCGAAGGCGCGAGAUUCCGUGGUAUAUUCUCUUUUUGGUCAAAGUAAUUAUUGCUGUCAGUAUUGAAGUUUGAGUUGCAUCUGAAAGUAACUUCCCAAUAAUUUCACCUUUGGUAUUGCAUCUCUGAUUGCCAUGCCAACUCCAGCUUUGGUUCGUUCUUUAAUUUCAGCUUUGGUUUGUUCUUGAGCUUUGUUCAUGAACUCGAUCAAAUAAAACUAAGAAAAUUCACCGAGUUCAGUUUAUUUAUUAACCACGUUCUCCGGAAUUCAUUCUGAUGUGUAAUCAACAACACUAAUAUAAUCAUAACGAAAAGCC